GUGUGUGAGUGAGAUGAGUGAUUUGUGUGAGACAGCGCGUGAUUCUGUCACACAAUAAUGACAAACUCAUUUUAAUUGAACGUUGAAUUAAAAUUAAACUCAACCUCAAGUGUGAAACGACGUGGCUAACGUUAGCUGCGGAAGCUAUGAUGAGAGAGGCUAAUAGUUGGACGUGAGUCACAACAGGAAGAGUCUGGUGAAUAACCGAGGAAAGUACCGAGCUGCCCCACAAGCGAUUCAUCACUUCAGUCCUUGUGUUACCGUCUAUUUUUCGUAUGAUUGGCCUCGUGCUCGGUUGGCACUUUAUUGGAAGGGACACUGAGUGAUUUUCUACAAAACAGUGCUGCCACCAUAAAACUUAAGGAAGUCCAUUGUCCCCAUCAUAGGAGGAAACAUCUUUUCUUAUUAGGCUUUAAUUAUUCAAUUAUGGAGGCUUAAACACCCACAAAAGUGAUGUCCAAGAUGGGGGGAGGGGUUUGAGAUCAGGUAUACCUUGGUCUGUGUGUGUAUGUGUGUGCAUGAAGCUUCAAUUAUUAUUUAUUUUAUGUUGGUACACAAUCACUUACCAUGUGUGAGGUUGGAACUGUUGGAUAAUAACACACUGUCUGGCCAAGCAAAAGUAAAUUUAACUGUUAUUUUUCAACCUUAAUUGAUGAAAAUAUCGGCUUCUAAUUUGACAACCAUGUUGGAAAACGUAUCCAGUGGUCACCAAAUUAUGGAGAUUUCUGAACCUAAAAUUGGGUUAAGAAGUGUCCAAAGCAUCAUUAAAACAUGGAAGGAUAGUGGUUGAGAUCACUUAAGAUUUUGAUUAAAUCAUUCAUUCAUUCAUCAAUCUACUACCACUUUAUCCGUCCACAUGGGGUCGCAGGGUUGCUGGUGCCAAUCCCAGCUGAUGUGGGGCAAAAGGCAGGGUAAACCAAUUUAGGCUACUCCUUAAAUCUGCAUGUUUUUAGACGGAGAAAAUCCACGCACGCACACACACACACACACACACACAGGGAGAACACGCAAACUCCAUUCUUGUUCUGACCGUGCUGCAAACCCAGGCAGCAGUAGGAUCUAGGGUUGCUUCAGUUUGGUUUUUAAUACCUAAAUAUACUAAAUGAGCAGGUUUCAUGGGGCUCAAAUUGUGAAACUGGUUCAAGGAGGAAAAUGACAUCAUGUUCUCACAUGGAUUUACCAGAUGUUAAUCCCAUUGAGCAUCUUCGGGAUGUGCUUGAAUUUUUUUUUUUGGCCAGGUAGUGUAUUAAACAAGUCUGCUAUCAAGGUACAAGAUAGUGAUGCUGGGUGAUCUGAGUUCAAGGACACAUUUUAACAUUUUUACUGCUCCUGUAACUGAAAAAGGACUUUAUCCACUAAUGUGUCUGCUGGAUUGGUAGUUUUGUUUCCUCUGUAAGAGCUUUUAAGUUUCACUAUUAUGGAAGCCUCACUUCCUUAUUCACAGUUCAACCUCUCACUCCCUCCCGCUUAUCUUUUUUUAACCAUUUGCUGUUCUGUGUGUGUGUGUGUGUGUGUGUGUGUGUGUGUGUGUGUGUGUGUGUGUGUGUGUGUGUGUGUGUGUGUGUGUGUGUGUGUGUAAGACCUUGGAUUUUCUCAAACCUCUCUCCUUUCAAAGGACAUCGCUUUUCCCUCUUAUUGAAAUACCUACAUUUAAAAAUGGAAACUCUUGUUCAGCUUAAAAACAGCCAGUUUUUAAUGGAACUGUGUCGGAAUGGGCCUCCGCCGGACCUCCAGUAUGACAACUCCUCAGAACUCUUCCGCAUCUCUACUUUUGCCCGCUUCCCGACCUCCGGAGUCACAGAGCGAAGUCUGGCGCGGGCUGGUUGGUUCUACACCGGUGUGGGCGACCGUGUGCAGUGUUUCAGGUGCAAUGUGACAGCAGAUGGCUGGCAGGCCGGAGAUUGUCCUACAGAGAGACACAGACAGCUGUCUCCCACCUGCUCCUUCGUUCAGAGCCUCCCAUCAACAGCCAACCUGCUUUCUUCCUCUCACUCUGCUUUUUCCCCACUCCGCAUUGCUCCAGCCAUACCACUGUCUGGUCCAGGCCCAGCUGCUCCUAACACGAUAAGCCAAGGUGAAGAGCCACUGGGAUACAUGAACAUGGCUUUUUCUGCUCCGCCACCCUCCAGCCCACUCAGCUCCCGUGGAGUAGAGGACAUGUCGCACCAGAGGCCCACGUGCCACAACCCGAGCAUGCGCAGAGAGCAGGAGCGCCUGGGGUCCUUCCACUCAUGGACUCUGUCCAUCAUCACCCCUGCAGAGCUCGCCAAGGCGGGCUUCUACUAUUUAGGCCAAGGCGACCGCGUGGCCUGCUUCAGCUGCGGAGGACAGUUGAGUAACUGGGAGCCAGGUGACAGAGCUGUGUCCGAACACCAGAGACAUUAUCCAAACUGUCGCUUUGUCCGCGGGGACAGAGCUGACAACGUGUCACUGGCCGGGGCGGCAGGAGCAGCGACGUCCCAACUGUCAGCAGGAGGUCCGGCUCUCAGUAACGUCUCCAACCCUGCCAUGCAGCAGAACGAAGAGCGACUGCUCACCUUUAUUAACUGGCCGUCUCGCAUACCUGUCCGGCCUGAUCAGCUGGCUAAAGCUGGCUUCUACUAUGUAGGUCGUAACGAUGACGUCAAGUGUUUCUGCUGUGAUGGAGGUCUGCGGUGCUGGGAGUGUGGAGAUGACCCUUGGGUAGAACAUGCCAAGUGGUUUCCUCGGUGUGAGUAUUUGCUCCAGGAGAAAGGACAAGAGUUUGUUCACCAGAUCCAAGCUCGCUUCCCUCGGCUGUUUGAGCAGCUUUUAACAAAUGGAGAAAGCAGCUCCAGAGAGUUUGUGGAUCCUCCAGUGGUUCACCUUGGUCCAGGAGAGGAGCGAUCUGAAGACGCUGUCAUGAUGAACACUCCUGUGAUUAAGUCUGCUUUAGAAAUGGGCUUUGAGAGAGGUCUCGUCAAACAAACGGUCCAGAGCAAGAUUCUGACCAGUGGAGAGAACUACAGGACAGUCCAGGAGCUGGUGUCAGACCUGCUGAGUGCCGAGGACCAAAAAAGGGAGGAGGAGCGCGAGAUGCUGGCAGAGGCAAUGGCAUCAGAUGGUUUCACGUUUGUGAAGAGACACCAGGCGGCGCUGAUCCAGCGUCUGAAGAGUGUCGAGCCAGUGUUGGAGCAUUUGAGAGAGCAAAAUGUUUUAUCUGCUGAGGAGUACAGCGGUCUUCUGGCACAGACCACGGCACAGCAGCAAACUGCCAGGUUGAUAGAGCUCGUCCUCACAAAGGGAAACGCUGCGGCUGAGGUUUUUCGCAACUGGAUCCAGAAAAACGAUGUCCACCUGCUCAGAGAUCUCAUGGCACAGUCAAAUGAAGCAACUUCACCAAGCCAAGAUUUAUCAGAUCUUCCAAUGGAGGAGCAGCUGCGGCGCUUACAGGAGGAGCGUACCUGUAAGGUGUGUAUGGACAAAGAAGUCAACAUCGUCUUCAUCCCGUGUGGCCAUCUGGUGGUGUGCAAAGAGUGUGCACCGUCACUGAGAAAGUGCCCGAUCUGCAGAGGUUUGGUUAAAGGCACAGUCCGAACCUUCCUCUCAUAAACAUGCUCCCGCCGUAGUGUUGUCACAAACUUGUGAUUGAAUGUAAGCAAUACAAUAUUUAAACUUAUAUUUACUGAUUUGCUUUUCUUGUCAUUUAAUACGUGACUCUCCUUUGAUUGUAAUCUUACUGAAGACGUUUAAUUUGAAUGACCAGAUUACACGCAGUAGUCAAUGACGUAACAGGUUGUUUCUGGUUGAUAUCAUAGCCUUAACAUAACCAGGAAAUAUCACAAGGAAACAGUAUGGAAAUAAACUCUUCACUCAAA